AUGGAAGAUGUUUUGGAUAGGCAAGAGCUAGAAAGGCGAGCAAGAAUGUGCAGAAGAGCUGCAAGCAAAAAGGCGCAGAGAGAACUAGAUGAGCAACUUGGUGUGGCCGUUGCUAUGCAGGAGGAAGAAAACCAGAGCCGCCGUGGUUCACGAGGAGGUCAGGUGGAUGAGAUUGCCCGGAUGGGAAAGUCCACUAUUUUGGAGAGCUUGGUGCGAUUUUGUGAUGCAGUGGAAAAUCUGUACACCAGGGACUAUCUACGCAGACCUACGCCCAGGGACCUGCAACGGCUUUUACAAAAAGCUGAGUCUCGUGGAUUUCCUGGAAUGAUUGAUAGCAUUGACUGGGAUUAUGGUAAUCGGAAAGGGCAGAAAAGCAUCAUCCUCGAAGCAGUUGUUGGUUUUGAUACCUGGGUUUGGCACGCCUUCUUUGGAGUUGCCGGCUCUCAAAAUGAUUUGAACGUCUUGGGUCAAUCCCCGGUGUUCAAUGAUAUUUUGAGAGGUGAAUGCCCAAAUAUCACAUAUCAAGUCAAUAAUACCGUCUAUCAAAACGGGUAUUAUAUAGCUAAUAGUAUCUACCCGAGAUGGACAACAUUUGUGAAAUCAAUUCCACAUCCCCGAUCCCAGAAGGAAAUUUUUUUUGCUGCCUAUCAAGAAGGGUACAGAAAAGAUAUGGAGAUAUGCUUUGGUAUCCUUCAAGCUCGGUGGGCUAUUAUCAGGGGCGCGGCGCGUCUAUUUGACGAGGAGGUGCUCAGAAGUAUAAUGAUAACUUGUAUUAUCCUCCACAACAUGAUUGUGGGAGAUGAGUAUAAUUACGAUGUUGAGGAAGUGUAUGAACCAGAUCCCAUGAACACGACCUUAACACGAAUUUAUGAAAAACCUAUGGGGCCAAAUGGAGAACCAGUGGAGCAUGAUCCGUUGGUUAGAGACGGUACUUUCAUGCAUCGUAUGAUUGAGCGCUACACAGAGAUGCAAUCGUCGUAUAUUCACGAACACCGUCAAGUUGACUUGAUGGAACAUUUGUGGGCGGUGAAAGGCAAUGAAGGUCAAUGA